GGACUACGCUCUAGUUACCAGUCUGUUUAUCGGUCGCACUUCGACCCAUGAGGUGCCUGGCUGUUUCGGUUUUUACAAAUUUGGAACAUUUCAAUCUUUAGCACUCGUCUUUUACAAAAUUCAGAUAAAAUAGAAUCAAAGGAGAUUAAGUGGAAUUUUAUCUGCAAUGAAAGCGAUUCGCGUACUAUCCUUUGGAGGACCUGAAGUACUGAAGUUCAUGUCGGAUGUGAAGGUUCCAAGUGUUUCAAAUGGGCAGGUCCUUGUCAAAAUUAAGGCAAUUGGGAUCAAUCCUGUAGACACUUACAUAAGAAGUGGAACUUACGCCAGGAAGCCAGAUCUGCCUUACACUCCGGGUUCUGAUGGUGCUGGUGUGGUACACAGUGUAGGAGCAGAUGUAACCCAAGUCAAAGAAGGAGACCGUGUUUAUGUCUGUGGCAGCAUAACAGGGACAUAUGCAGAGUUUGCCUUGUGUAACAGUAGCAAUGUUCAUCUUUUGCCAGAGAAUAUUUCCUUCAGUCAGGGAGCAGCUAUUUAUGUGCCAUAUUACACAGCUUACAGGGCAUUAAUACAAAGAUUACAUGCGAAGGCAGGAGAGACAGUCUUAGUCCAUGGAGCAAGUGGAGGGGUUGGCAUAGCUACUGUGCAGCUAGCCAAGGCAUAUGGAUUAAGGGUGUUAGGAACAGCAGGGACAACAGAGGGGGAAGAGGCAGUGAAACAGGCAGGGGCCUCAGAAGUGUUCAAUCACAGAGAAGAUGGAUAUGUUCAAAGGAUUCUGGAUGCAACUGGUGGACAUGGUGCAGAUGUUAUUGUUGAAAUGCUGGCAAAUGUCAGUUUGGCCAAAGAUCUUCAACUUGUUGCCAUCAAAGGCCGCAUAGGGGUUGUUGGCAACAGAGGUACAAUUGAAAUAAAUCCAAGAGAAACCAUGGCUAAGGAAUCCAGUAUUGUUGGUGUUAUGUUAGGUAAAGCUGGUGAGGAGGAGAAACAAGAAAUAACAGCAGCAAUAGCAGCAGGGCUCAAGGCAGGGUUUCUUAGUCCAGUGGUUGGACACGAAUACUCAUUACACCAAGCAUCAGAGGCACAUAGAGAUAUUAUAGAGAGCAAAGGAGCCAGGGGAAAACUAGUCUUACUUACAUAAUCAAAAUAUGUGGUGUGUGGCCUCAUUACUAACUGUGGAUGGUCCCCCAUGACAGGUUGCAAAAGCCCAUUUUUUGAGGGUUGGGAUUCAAAGUUUCAAAUUGUCAAUGGAGUAUGAGUAUUUUUUUUUUAUUUCUAUGUGGUGGAUUAUGUGAAGUGAGCUAGUGGGUAUUCGAAAAUGGUAUAGAGGUCACAUUUAAAUUGAGUAGUAGGGAUAGUGAUGAUUUAGUGGAACAGAUGGGGGUAACUUUGACUGUACUGUUGUCUGAUAAGGCAUAGUGAAUUAAAAAAUGAGUUGUGCACAGGUGUUUUAGGUGGUAAGUUCAAGGCAUGGUUUCUUAGUUCAGUGAAUUGCUUGAAUAUUGAUACUAGUUGAAUCAAGCUUCAGAAGCUCGUAGAGAUACCACGAAUGGUAAAAUAGGAGAGCUAGUCCUAUGAAUAUAUUUUAACAAACAACAUUGUACAAGCCACUAUUAAUGUAUAAUAAAACAAUUAUUGAAUUU